GUUGUCUAUUUCAAGAAUAGAUUGGAUCUAUCCGGCUGCACUUUAUAAUAUUUUUUAGUAUUUUUCGGAUAAAUAAGAAAAGGGUGCACGAUCUCGACGAAUUACUUCUGAAUAAAUUCAGAAAUCAUAUGGAAGAACCAUAGCAUUUCGCGACUCAUUGGUAAAUCAACUUUGAUUCUCUAUAAACCAAGAAUGUGAGACCAUUAACACGGUUAAAGCUAAACUGCUUGAAGUCCAGGCAAAAAGAGGUACUCUUUCUACAACUAUAUUAGUAUUAGUACCGAAUUUAAACGGGAAAUAGCUAAUGUAAAAUUUAUCUGAUAUAGAACACUCAUAUCGAUAAAAUGGUUUGAACUAUUUACUAGAAAAAAAAAGGGGGCACCCUGCCCUUUUUUAACCAAUGCCGAAUCGACGACCUAUGUAUAAAAAAGAGAAAUUUUUUGGAUUUGAAGAAAAAAAAAAAAGAAUUCUAUUAAUUUUCAUUUUCCAUUUAUUUAGUUAGUUUUUCUUAAUGAAAUUGAAAUUAUUAAAGAGGGCAAAUAAAAAUAAAGAAACAACUUUGCUGACCAUGAUAUAUUUUUAUCUAGGCGGAAGAGUCCUCUUAAUAUUUAUCUAGUCUUAUAUAGGUUUCGGUAUAUUGAAAUAUAAACAUAAAAAAGAAGAUAGAGGAUAGGCUCAUUACUUAAAAAAAAGAUAUGGAAAUAGCUAAAGAAAAAAAAAAAAAAUAAGGAGCGUGAGAGCCAAAUGAAUCGAAAGAUUCAUGUUUGGUUCGGGAAGAGAUCAUAAAAGUUGUAAACUUACAAAAUAAUCUACUUUCAUUAAAAGAUUUAUUAGAUAAUCGAAAACAGAGGAUCUUGAGUACUAUUCGAAAUUCAGAAGAAUUGCGUAGAGGGACCAUUGAGCAACUCGAAAAAGCUCGGAUUCGAUUACAGAAAGUCGAACUAGAAGCGGAUGAGUAUCGAAUGAAUGGAUACUCUGAGAUAGAACGAGAAAAAGCAAAUUUGAUUAAUGCUACUUCUAUUAGUUUGGAACAAUUGGAAAAGUCUAAAAACGAAACCCUUUAUUUUGAAAAACAAAGGGCAAUGAAUCAGGUCCGACAGCGGGUUUUCCAACAGGCCGUACAAGGAGCUCUAGGAACUCUGAAUAGUUGUUUGAAUACCGAGUUACAUUUCCGUAUGAUUCGUGCUAAUAUUGGCAUUCUCGGGUCCCUGGAAUGGAAGAGAUAAUUAAAUUAAUUAGGCCUUGAACUUCUACUUUCGUUUAGAAUUUAGGCAUUAUUUUUCCCCUUGCUUCCGAAAAAAGAGUCAAGAAACACUAAUGGCAACCCUUCGAGUCGACGAAAUUCAUAAAAUUCUCCGCGAACGUAUUGAACAAUAUAAUAGGAAAGUAGGGAUUGAGAAUAUAGGUCGCGUAGUUCAAGUGGGGGAUGGGAUUGCUCGUAUUAUAGGUCUUGGUGAAAUAAUGUCAGGUGAAUUAGUCGAAUUUGCAGAAGGUACUAGGGGUAUUGCUCUGAAUUUGGAAUCCAAAAAUGUUGGGAUUGUAUUAAUGGGCGAUGGGUUGAUGAUACAAGAGGGAAGUUUUGUAAAAGCAACAGGAAGAAUUGCUCAGAUACCCGUGAGUGAGGCUUACUUGGGUCGUGUUGUAAAUGCUCUGGCUAAACCUAUUGAUGGGAAAGGCGAAAUUAUAGCUUCCGAAUCUCGCUUAAUUGAAUCUCCUGCUCCAAGUAUAAUUUCCAGGCGUUCCGUAUACAAACCUCUUCAAACAGGGCUUAUUGCUAUCGAUUCGAUGAUCCCUAUAGGGCGCGGUCAGCGAGAGUUAAUUAUUGGGGACAGACAGACUGGCAAAACAGCAGUAGCCACAAAUACAAUUCUCAAUCAAAAAGGGCAAGGUGUAAUAUGUGUUUAUGUAGCUAUCGGUCAAAGAGCAUCCUCCGUAGCUCAAGUAGUAACUGCUUUCCAUGAGGAGGGGGCCAUGGAAUACACUAUUGUAGUAGCUGAAAUGGCGGAUUCACCUGCUACAUUACAAUACCUCGCUCCUUAUACGGGAGCAGCCCUGGCUGAGUAUUUUAUGUACCGCGAACGGCAUACUUUAAUAAUUUAUGAUGAUCUCUCCAAACAGGCACAAGCUUAUCGCCAAAUGUCCCUUCUAUUAAGAAGACCUCCCGGCCGUGAGGCUUAUCCAGGGGAUGUUUUUUAUUUGCAUUCACGCCUUUUAGAAAGAGCCGCUAAAUUAAAUUCUCUUUUAGGCGAAGGAAGUAUGACCGCUUUACCAAUAGUUGAGACUCAAUCUGGAGACGUUUCCGCCUAUAUUCCUACUAAUGUAAUCUCCAUUACAGAUGGACAAAUAUUCUUAUCUGCGGAUCCAUUCAAUGCCGGAAUUCGACCCGCUAUUAAUGUGGGUAUUUCUGUUUCCAGAGUAGGAUCCGCGGCUCAAAUUAAAGCCAUGAAACAAGUAGCUGGCAAAUCAAAAUUGGAACUAGCUCAAUUCGCAGAGUUACAAGCCUUUGCACAAUUCGCCUCUGCUCUCGAUAAAACAAGUCAGAAUCAAUUGGCAAGGGGUCGACGAUUAAGGGAAUUGCUUAAACAAUCCCAGGCAAAUCCUCUCCCAGUGGAAGAGCAGAUAGCUACUAUUUAUACCGGAACAAGAGGAUAUCUUGAUUCGUUAGAAAUUGAACAGGUAAAUAAAUUUCUGGAUGAGUUACGUAAACAUCUAAAAGAUACUAAACCUCAAUUCCAAGAAAUUAUAUCUUCUAGCAAGACAUUCACCGAGCAAGCGGAAAUCCUUUUGAAGGAAGCUAUUCAGGAACAGCUGGAACGGUUUUCUCUUCAGUAACAAAUAAAUUUUGCAUGUCUACUCUUGUUAGUAGAAUAGGAAUCAUUGAGAAAGAUUUUUCAUUUGAAUCAUGCAAAAAAGUUUUCUUUGUUUUUAGUUUAGUAUAGUUAUUUAAAGAAUAGAUAGAAAUAAGAUUGCGUCCAAUAGGAUUUGAACCUAUACCAAAGGUUUAGAAGACCUCUGUCCUAUCCAUUAGACAAUGGACGCUUUUCUUUCAUAUUUUAUUCUUUCUUUUAUUUUAUUUUUCUUCUUCCGAGAAAAAACUGUUAGACCAAAACUCUUUUAGGAAAUCAAAAAAUCCAGAUACAAAUGCAUGAUGUAUAUAUUAUAUCAUGCAUAUAUCAUAAAGAAGGAGUAUGGAGCCGGUAGUGGGAAUCGAACCCGCAACCCCAAGGUUAUGAGCCUUAUGAGCUACCAAACUGCUCUAUACUCUUAAACUAAAGAGGGGUAACUAGUGGAUAAAAGAGGGUUGGAUACGCCCCUCUACCAAUAUCUAUACAAAUAGAAUAGUCCAUUUAUACAGAAUGGUAAAGAGGGCUCCUCUAUGAUUAUCAAUUCCAUAAAUCCAUACAAAUACGAAAGGGUAUUUUAUCCUUACCAACUGGAUCUUGUUGCACCCGGUAACAAACAUUCAUAAACCAUUUCUCGAAGUACGUGUCCGGAUAGCCCAAAAUGUCGAUAGUUAGCUCUAGGUCUUCCGGUCAAAAAACAACGUCGAUGAAGGCGUGUAGGUGCACUAUUACGCGGUAGGGAUUGCAAUUUUUCUCGCAUUUUAGUUUUUUCACUCAAACUCAAGGGAGAAACUUUGCUUCUUAUCUUUUUUUUUAAAGAUUGACGAAUCAAAUGAUAUUUCUGUUCUAAUUUCUGCCGCUUCUUCUCCCUCUGAUUCAAACUUUUUUUUGCCAUAAUGUGUCGUUGCUAUUAUUACCAAGUAUACGGUUCUAAUCCUAGAUGGAAAAAUAAAUAGAAAAAGAAAUCUAAAAAGGCAGAUCCUCCCUCUCUAUCAAGAGUAAUGAACUAGGUGCUGAUACAGUACAAAAAAACAAACUAAAUUAACCAAACUUGCCUGAUGUUGAGGCAAUCAAGAAAGCUGCAUAAGUGAAUAUAUAACCCACGGAAAAGUGAGCUAAUCCAACCAAUCUUGCUUGCACAAUGGAAAGAGCCACGGGCUUAUCUCUCCAGCGAAUUAAAUUAGCUAAAGGUGUGCGUUCAUGAGACCAUGCUAAAGUCUCAAUUAAUUCCUGCCAAUACCCCCGCCAGGAAAUUAAGAACAUAAAUCCAGUAGCCCAAACAAGAUGUCCAAAUAAGAACAUCCACGCCCAUACCGAUAAACUAUUCAUCCCAAAAGGAUUAUAUCCAUUGAUAAGUUGUGAAGAGUUUAACCAUAGGUAAUCUCUUAACCAUCCCAUCAAAUAAGUGGAGGAUUCAUUAAAUUGUGAAACGUUGCCCUGCCAUAAUGUGAUAUGUUUCCAAUGCCAAUAAAAAG